AUGGCUUCACAUUGUAAUACAACUCCUUAGAAAAUGCUCUAAAAUUACAGCACUGAUCAUUCCUAAAGGUAUGUCUCCACUUGCAGUGAUGGUUCUGACUAGGACACUGAGAAUCUAAUUAAAUAACCUACAAUAAGAAAGAAGAGCUUCGCGACACCAGGCGAUAAAAAUGAUUAAUCAGAUGGCAAAAGACAAUAAUUAAGAACGAAAAUCUGUCGGAACUUUCAAGAAAAAGGUUAUUGCCAAUACAAAGACAAGUGUUCUUUUAUACAUGAGCCACAUAGAAUAGAGAACUUUGGCAAUAAACGAACUAAACCUUGCCGAUCUUUCUUUUCCACGGGUGUCUGUCCAUUAGGUCUAAAUUGUCAGUAUGCCCACUAUGAAGUAAUUGAUAAAGAAGAACUACGAGAUUUUGUAGAGAAGACAUUCAGGGAACAAAAACUUAUGGUUCCCUUGCAUCCAAACAAAUUGUAGCUAGAUCUGAGAAAUGAUUUACAAAGAUUUUAACAUUUGUAUAAAAUCUUUGGAAGAAAGCUAAGCUUUAGAAGAGACGAUUUACUUGUCAAUAUUUGCAGAGAAAGAAAUUCCAUUUUCCUUAGACUUUGCUAAAGUGAGGUACAGGAAUUCACCAACUUUCUACAAUGAUUCACCUAAUAUAUAUAUAUCAUGUUAUUCUAUUAUACCAAAAAAUUCUUAAAGAAAUAUGUAUAUACAUAUAUGAGUUUUAUAUUUAAAAAUUAAAAUUUUCUAUUAUUGGAAACUAAAAAUUAAA